GAACAAGGAAGAAGAGUGGAAGGUUGCAAAAUCAGAGCUCUGUUUCCCAAUCCUGGCAGGGUGGGAAAGGCUGAACUUCAGAACUCAGAACAAAGGGUCCUAAAGCCCUUCCUUCUGUCUGCUGACAGGAAGAUGUCAACUACUCAGAUCAUCUGUUUCCUCAGUGAGUCACACGCUGAAGACAGGGAGUUCCUGGAGCAUCCAUCCUAAGAACACGUAGACUCCAGAAGUCUGCGAGUGCUGGCUUGUCCAUUAAUUCUUUGCUCUGUAUCUCACCAGAAUAGAAGAUCAUCUGCACACUGUGAUAUCUUCCAAGGAAAGACUGAAUGACUUGUUUACAUUUGAUUAAAUUGAUUCCCUUGAGAUAUACUAAAGAGUUAAAAAGGUCCAUGCUCCCUACUGAGAGUCUCAGGGAAAGCACAUUCCAGAAUGCAGAAGUUAUACACAAUGUUCAAAGGAAGCCCAGUUGAAUUUUGCUUCAAAACAAUUUGAGACAAAUAGGGAAAAGGUAGUGCCAAAUGUCAGAUUCAUAUGAAAGUAUUCGACAAAUGCUUCUCCCUAUUCUGCUCUUGUAGCAGACUAAAUAUAGGGAGGAAAUGCAAGGAUUGAGUUCAAAGCUUUCCUCUGAGCAGAUAUCACCCCUGAACACUGUAGAACUCAUCUUCUUCAUCUAGUAAAAGAUGUAGCUUUUAAACUGCAAAGAUACCUUCUUGCUAUGAAGAGAUGUGCAUGAGAAUUUUGAGUGAUAUUGCAGCUCAAAUGGCAACUUUAUAUUUUUCAAAAAACUGGAAUGUCAACUUUCAGCUUCCAAAAUGAAUUUCAAGCUGUCAUUGAAGAACUACCUAAUGACAGUUUGUGUACCCCUGUCUUUCAGCAGGGGAAGAGGUGCCAUAAAGCAGCUAGUAGGAUAAUUGCUAAUAUAUUCAAACAAUUACAAGUAAUAAUCUUCUUGUUCCCUCCUUUCAGGAUCAGAAGAGUAAUUGUGAAAUUUCAAUCCCUUGCUAAGGAUUCUUCCUAAAUCUAAGUAUUCCUAGUCUUAUUAGAUGUCCUGAUGUCAUAUAGGUAAACAUUUCUCUCUAGUCAUAAAUAAUAGUGAAUCCAGAGUUGAUGAACAACCUUUGGAAAAGAGACUUCGCACAAGAAGAAACUGGUAGCCAAAGCCCAGAACGGUUUUUGUUUUAUCUCAGAAAAACUGCCAGAGUUUUGGCAUCUUCAAAUUCUGACUUAACCACAUAUACUUUCAUAUCAGAAUGCUUUUUAGAUGAAUGUUUUCAUCUCUGUAAUUAGCAAUGCACAAUGGAUGUUUUGGUACUUAAUUACAACAUCUCUAAAACAGCAUCUCUAAAGUUGAAGGCAGUAUUUCUUGACACACCUCUGCCUACAUUCUUAUUGGCUGGGACAGAAUUAUAUAUGCUUAGUGAAUAAACCAAACAGAAAUGAAGGUGUGUGCGGGAACAGCACACAUGAAUUUACAACAGGUACUUCAAGUUAGGCCAAGUCCAGCCGCUGCUGCUGAUUCGUACUAAUCAUGGGAAACAGGAGUGGAGAAGACCAGGCACUCCUCUAGCCUGGAAGAGUUUCCCAUUCUGCAUCUUGAGCAUCUUCCAGCCUUCCAGGCUGGACUAGUCUGCAAAGAAAACACAAUGGCUUUUUAUCCUCUUCAGAUUGCUGGACUGGUUCUUGGGUUCUUUGGUUUGCUUGGGACGGUUGGCACAACACUUCUGCCUCAAUGGAGAGUAUCGGCGUUCAUCGGCAGCAACAUUAUCAUCUUUGAGAGGAUCUGGGAAGGGCUUUGGAUGAACUGCAUCCAGCAAGCCAUGGUCACGCUGCAGUGCAAAUUCUACAACUCCAUACUGGCUCUCCCACCAGUCCUGGAAGCCGCGCGCGCGCUCAUGUGUGUGGCUGGAGCUCUUUCCUUGAUUGCUCUCAUUACCGGCAUCUGUGGCAUGAAACAGAUUCAGUGCACCAGCUCCAGUGAGAGGGUCAAAGCUUACUUGCUGGGAACCUCAGGAGUACUCUUCCUUCUGACCGGUAUCUUCGUUCUGAUUCCAGUGUCCUGGACUGCCAAUAUCAUCAUCAGGGAUUUCUACGACCCAACCGUCCAUGCUGGGCAGAAGCGAGAGCUUGGAGGAGCUCUUUUCCUUGGCUGGGCGACCGCUGCUGUCCUCUUCAUUGGAGGAGGGCUGCUCUGUGGUUACUGCUGCUGCAACAGAAAGAAACAGUGGCACAGAUACCCAGCUUCCACAUGCCGUGUGCCACAAAAAGAUAACCAAAGGGGGGUGACAGUGCCUCGCAAAACUUCCACCAGCUAUGUCUAAGGCUCGCUUCCAACGUCAGCCCGUGGCUUAUGCUCAUGUGUUUUAGAAAGUCGUCCCAGAAACUGUGAGUACAUCAGGCAGGAGAACUUCAUAGCAAAUUUAAAUUGAGAAAACAGUUUUGAUUUCUUUUUAACCCUCAGGUAGGAAUAUAAAUGACUUAUUUGGACAUUGUGAUUCCCUAUGUAUUAUCUGUGCUCACUCUUGUUGAACUCAGUAUUUAUUCCCACUUAAAUAGUAAAAUAUCAAGUAUAUUCUCAGUUAUGGACAUGAGGUAAUGCUCUUCUCAUUUUUGCUUGUCAUAUAUUCUAAUAAGAAAGUAAAAUUUCAAAUGAUAAUCCCUAUCAAUAAAGCAUACACAUAUUUUUAAAG